AUGGCUGACCUCAAACAUCCAUACUUUCCGGUCGACGCCGUUAUACCAGGAUAUCUCCCCAACAGCACACCAGUGGCAGAGUUGAUAGUGACCUUUGGUGCAAUCAUCGGUGCUGUGAUUGGCCUCACACUUUGGCAAACGACACGUACUGCAAAGCCUGUGCGGCCCAUCGAUAAGUUUGCUGCUGCUUGGUUUGCGCUGUGCGGUUUCUUGCAUGUUGCCUUUGAAGGAUACUAUCUUGUCUACCGCUAUCAGCUCCCUGGCAUGUCGACCCUCUUCGCCCAGCUGUGGAAGGAAUACACUCUAUCAGACUCACGCUACCUGACCCACGACAUCUUCACCGUGAGCGUGGAGACCAUCACAUGUCUCGCCUGGGGACCCCUCUCAUUCCUCGCCGUGUUGGCUGCAGGUUUCCAGGGCGUUUGCAGCCUUGGGAGAGAGGAAGAGGGAGUGAUGGGUAUAAGGCGUGGAGUACAGACGGAUGCUGUCACAGGUUCCAGGUGA